AUGAGGAAGCGGAUCAUUCGGGUCUCCUCGAAUUUGGAGCUGAUGGAGGCCAUAGAGAAAGAAUUUCCGGAUUUGAGCACGGAGGAGUUCUGGAUCGAAUACUAUAACAAGUCCUUCCAGGAUUGGGUAGAGCUGACAGAAGACGUAGUUCUUCCCAAGCAAGCCAGACUUCGGGUCCAGACUGAUGAGCCCGAGGUUGUAGAACCCACCUCGCCUGGACCUUCAGGUAGAAAGUCUCCUGCUCCGGUCCCUAAGCGGUUAUCAUCUGACUGUGAACCGGUCUCCGGUACAUUGGUAGAACCUCUCCAGUCAGCUGAUUGCUAUGCUACUGCUGCUGGUAGCCCCAGUAAGUCUCAAUCUGGGUCGGAAUCCGAUGGCUCUUCCUCGGAAGCAUCUGCAGCUGGUUCCAGGAAUGGUUCUUCUUUGAGGAGUACCCCUCCUCCUGAUGCAAUGAGUCCGAAAACAGAAACGGAAAGUCAUACCGAGAACGAAUCGGAAUUCUCCGAGGAUUACUCGAGUGAGGAUGACAAGUAUAUAUACAAGUUCCUACUGAUGAUAAACGGAAAAAGGAAGCGAGUGGAAUUCCAGCACCUCCGUGACCUCCUGGAAAUAUUGGAGGAGGACUACCCGGGGGUGAAUUCCGAUGAGGUAGUCUUCGAAAUCGAGUCUAUGGAAAACCCAGGGAAGUUCACGAUGAUACCCCUGAGUCUCCUUCCAAAAAACGGUAAUCUCAGGAUAACCAUUCCUCCUUCCAAGACAAGCAUUCACGAGAGAGACUCUUUUGAUUGCGAUUCUCCUGACACCGAAGAACUCCCGAUUCAGUCAGGAUUCAGCAAAAUUACUAUAGGUAAGCCUCAUAAGACAACCCGGCUCGCCGUGAAACUGAAGGAAAUGUCACCCCUGUUGAAGAAAGCUGCCAGGGACAUCUACGAGUUGAAAACUCUUCCAGUCGACAUAGACAACGAGAAUCAUUUGGCCAAAUACCAGGUGGCUUGCCCAAGGGAUACAACGCUGAACACUAACAGGAACAUGUCUCUCCUCCUUGUCGGAGGAACAGGAUCUGGGAAGUCCACAAUGAUAAAUGCUAUCGCCAACUUCGUGUUGGGGGUGGAAUGGGAGGACGAGUUCCGGUUCAAGAUCAAGACGGAGAAAGGACAGAAAAAGAGAUCUUCGCAAUACAGUCAAACGAAAUGGAUCAACUCUUACAUCUUUCAAUGGCAGGAAGGUUUCCGGAUCCCACACUCUCUCACUGUCAUCGAUACCCCGGGCUUUGGUGACACUGACGGAAUCGAAGAAGACAAGCGCCUCGUGGAGAAAAUCAAAGCCCUCUUUGAGAAAAAGGGUCGACAAGGCAUGGAUCAACUUCAUGCAAUCGGCAUAGUGGCCCAGGCCGCUCAUACGAGAUUGACGGCCGAACACCGCUACAUUUACACCUCCCUUCAGGCCAUAUUCGGGAAGGACAUGAAGGACAACUUUUUCCUCAUCGCCACCUUCGCGGAUUCGGACAAUCCCAACGUCUUGACGGGUUUAAAGGCGGCAAGGGUGGUGUUCAAAUCUCAUUUCGGAUUUAACAAUUCCGCCCUGUAUGCCGAAGACGAUGACAUUCAGCGGCUGUUCUGGGAACGAGGAAUUCAGACCUUUCAUAAGUUCUUCAAGGAGUUUGGAAUUUGUCAACCUGUUACCUUAACCUUGACCCGAGAGGUCCUGCGGGAGAGGGAAAAUCUCCAGUCGGCUUUGGAAAUCCUUCAACCCCUCAUCAGCAGAAGUCUCCAGGACUUGGAGGAACUCAAGGAGGAAUACCAAGUGUUGAAGAAGCACAAUUUCAAGUUCGAUCGAAGGUUCCGAGAAACCAUCACGGUGACCUUUUAUGAGAAACAGCCUCUGGGACAAGGGGAAUAUGCCACUAAUUGCAACACGUGUGAAAUGACAUGCCAUUAUCCAUGUCCGAUUCAAACGCACGGAGACUUGUGGAAUUGCGCAGCCAUGAAAGACACCAAGACGAUGAAACAGACAACGGACGAAAAGAAACUGCAUGCUAGAUGCAUGGCAUGCCCCCAAUCGUGCAAAUGGAUUUCCCAUCGACUCGAAAACAACAUCUAUCGAUCGACCCCGGAGAAGGUGACACGCACGUCCGAGGAACUGUCGAGGAAAUACGCGGGCGUCGUUUCCCAGAUCGAAGGAGAAACGAACGAACAGGCGAAGGCAGUGUUUUUUCGUCAAUGGAAGAAGGCCCAGACGAAGCUGAUCGCCCUCAUCGACAGAGCCCACAAGAGCCACCGGCGGCUCCAAGAAAUCGCCCUCAAGCCGGAUCCUCUCUCCAUGGUGGACUACAUCGAGGAAUUGAUCGCCCUGGAAGAACAGGAGCAGAAAGCCGGCUAUCCGACGCGGAUCCAGCACCUGCAGGCGGCUAAGUCAGCUGCCGAAUGGAUCAGCCGCAUCAAGGAUCCCAAUUUCGACCCCAUGGAUCUAAUAAAAUCUUUCGACCAGAGUGCCACCAAUAUUGACGACUGGAUCCCCGACGACGAGGAACUGCCCUCUUUCGACAUCAUCUUCACCUUCAAAAAGACUCUCAAGCAAGUCUACAAGUUUGUGAAAAAACUCCGACGCGGAAAGAAAUGAGACAUCAGAGACUGGUGGCAACCUCUCGUCCAUCACUCUUUCCUGGGACGCGUUGGAAUCAGAAAUAGGGAGUAGAUCCCCAUGCCUUUUCUUUUCUCUGCAAGACCUGUACUCUAACAAACCCAGUAAAAAAAUAUAUAAGGGGAAAUAAAAUAGCUUUCGACGAA